AUGCCAGUCCACAAAGUGCUCUUCUGGAGCGGCUUCGGCGUUGCCGUCCGACUAUGGCAGCUUGGAAUUGAAAUGCGCCCAUUCUUCAACAAGGAAUCCCUAUGGGUUUACCCUCUAUUUGCAACAGUUGGUGGAAGCUUUGGAUACUGGCUGGAAGGUGUGGAGGGUCGACAAUUGAAAAUGCUUGCCGAGAGAAAACGAAUGCUCCUUGAGAAGAGACAGAGAAGAGCCGAGAGGGAUGCAGCUGAACCAGUUGGACUUGGCCAGGCUUAA